AUGUGGUUUGGGGGGGAGGGCUUCUUUUCAUUUCUUCUUUCUUUUCCUCUUUUUGAAAAAACUGAAACAUAUAUGUAUGCUUCGUCGAGUUGCUUGAUCAAGGUGAUCAUGUGCAAUGCCCAAGAAGACCAGGAUAGAAGGACAUUCCUUGACAACAUUUCGCCACAGUAUGAGUCUUGGACGGUCCUUUACGAUUAUAGAGACUCCAACGAUAAGACCAGAAUCUUCUCUGUGCGACGGAACGUACACCUUCGGAAUGACGAGCUCGAACAUGUCCUCUAUGCAGAGAUUAGACAUCACGCAGAGACUUUGCUGAAGAUAAAGAAGAAGCAGGUGUGCGCCUACGACAUGGACCUAUACUAUAUGAGCAUUUACAACAAAUUCCGGCGACUAAACCGGGAAGCGCAGGGACUCAUUAAUUUGCUGUUGUGCCGCAGGGUUGAUGAGGGAACCAUAGGAUUUCAGUAUUGGGAUCUGGUUGUCCUGUCGGAAGUGUCUAGCGGUGGUGCAACUGCGGGUGUGCGGCCGCGAUAUCGCUGGUGGAGGUGGUCGCGAGCUAGUACAAUGUCAGAGUUGCGGCUUGUGCUGCGACGGGUACAAGCUCAUCCAGCUACCUAG